UAUUCGCCGCGGACCCCAGAUGAUGCGAUGUGAUGUUAGAUAGAUGCCAAGCAAUUCGGCUACAGUCUUGGAAUGGCGCCACGAAAGCUUGUUUCUGUAGCCCUUUCUUGGCAGACACAUGGUUGAAGAUCAGAUUAAUGAAUCCGUGAAAAGGCUGCUGUUUCAUCUCAUGUCAAAAAUUGGGAUCAAAAGACGGACGUUCUGGAUGUUGGUGGUUGGGAUGUGCGGCGUCUAUUUUUCCGGGACAGAUCGAUCUACUGAGUUAACCUUAAGAUGGACCACUCAAACGUUAAUUGUGACCCACGUUUUCGGUCACGACCAAGAAUGGGCCUUGAUCAGCAGGCAUGCCCCGUGCGGCGAACCUGGAAAUGCAUGCAGCUCGGUCUUGAGUAUUGAUGGCCUAUCAGAGGUGCUGUCGCUAGGGAGCUCACUUGCAUUAAUUCGAGACUUUACUUGUAUUCAUGUGGAGGAUCGGAGAAUACAAAGAAUUUAUGGGGCGAUAUCAGCACAACCUUGUCCCGUCUUGCCGUCUUGCCGUUGCAGAAACCUUCAGCGGCUUAUCUCCGGUCAUCUGCAGAAAUUCAAGAGGCGACUCGAGUCGAAUUGGGAGUCAAAUAUAAAGCAAAUCGACGCAGCUGCUCAAAUCACAACAACCACGGCGUCAAAUUAUGCAUUCGGCAACAUGGCCGAAAAAUCAAAUAGGCUAACAUGGCGACGGCCUAUUCGGCUUGGAGUGCCGCGAUGCUGGGACUUUGCAUCGGGGCAUGAUCUCAAGAUAGAUACGGGAGGGAUCUUCGGCGUCAGGCUGAAGGGCCUGAGAUUGGGUUCGUGGGAUAUAGGCUGUUCGGAUGGCGUUCGGAACUGUUGGGAUGAAGGAGUGACGUCGUGUUUGUUUCGUGUUGGAAAUUAAUGGGAACUGAGGACUUUGAAUUGUUUUCGGAUUUUCUUUGCCUUUUCUGAUUUUUGCAGUGAUGCCUUUCGGCCCCGCUUUUGCUUAUCAUGAG